AUGUCUACCAACAACACAACUACUGAUUUACCAUGGUAUCGAGCUUAUACUUUGCACAGCUAUAUCACUAUGGGCAUUAUUGGAAGUUUAUCCGUUAUCACUAAUUGUAUUAUGACCUUAUUAAUCGCCUAUCACAAAAAACUAAGGACUAGAACUAAUAUCAUCAUACUUAGUAUGUCAUUAUCCAAUAUUGGACUUGCCAUAUUAUUUAUCUAUCCACAAUACGUUGUUCCAUAUUGGCCAGAACGAUUAGGACCUUAUUGCAAUGUCCUUGAACAAAUAGGUUCCUUAUUUAUUGCCAGUACAAGUUUUCAUCACUGUGCAGUAUCUAUCGACCGUGCAUUCGCCAUUAAUUUUCCCAUAAAAUAUGGCUUAUAUUCUAAACAUCUUCAUACGACAAUUCUGUUGUGUUCCGUUUGGUUGUGCGCAUUGCUUUUAGGAUUUAUGCCUAUAUUCAUAUUACGACGAAUUACUGACAAUGCUUGCAUUAACCCGAAAUAUGUCAGUUUAAUCGAUCUAUACCUUUAUUAUAGAGUAUUUUGGGGUAUAGUCCUUUUCUGCCCGGUAUUAAUUACCAUUGCAUGCUAUACUGACAUUUUAUAUAACAUCAAUUCACCUAUCCGAAGACAAGUUUACUUCUGUAAUUCAAGGAUAUCCAAGACUAAACUAAUGCAAAAUUUGAAGACAACAUUACAGAUGGCCAUUAUGAUAGGUGCCUUCAUUGUAACUUGGUCUCCCUUCAUCAUCAUGCAUUUUUACAUUAGCUUUAAUAAAUCUCAAGAUAUAACGAGAGACUUAUUGAUACUUGAAAUUUUACGAUUUGUUGCUUUUAGUUAUAUAAUAUUCUGCCCGAUUCUACAUGGUCACUACCUUAGAAUGAUACGAGAGACAUGGUUAAGAGUAAUUCGCUGUCGUCAGAAUAAAAUUGAAGGUGGUCAUACCAGCAGCUUUGCACAAAGCCAAAGUGGUAUAGUAACUUAUAGUCUACGUUCAACUAGAUCAGACGCUAGAAUAUAUGCUGGUCUUAAGGCUAAAUCUGACUCUCAAAAAGAUCCAAAGUUCGGUUCCAUCUCCAGCACAAACUUACUUAAUAAAUCAGAUUCAAAACAAGAAGAUAAGCCAGUAGAUUAA